CUUCCUAUAGUUGAGCAGAAGCAUAGGCUCUCAGAGAGACCUUGAACUCUCACCGCUUCCUGAAGAAGAAGAUCUGUCACUCUUGAUCUUCAGAGCUGGUUCCCCUCAACAUGGCUGCUGAAAACCCCGAGGUGAGGCUCAUUCUGGUAGGGAAAACUGGAAAUGGAAAGAGUGCCACAGCAAACACCAUCCUUGGGAGUCAGAAAUUUGAUUCUAAGAUUUCUGCCAAUGCUGUUACUAAGACCUGCCAGAAAGCCUCCAGGGAAUGGAAGAGGAGAAACCUUUUGGUGGUCGACACUCCGGGGCUGUUUGACACCAAGAAGACCAUGGAAACCACCUGUACUGAAAUCAGCCGCUGUGUCCUCUACUCCUGCCCUGGGCCUCAUGCCAUCAUCCUGGUUCUGCAGCUUGGACGCUUCACUGAGGAAGAGCAGAAAACUGUUGAUCUGAUCAAGGGUCUUUUUGGGGAGGAAGCCAUGAAGUACAUGAUCAUCUUGUUUACUCGAAAAGACGAGCUGGAGAACCAGAGCCUUGAUGACUUUUUAGGCCAAGCAAAUGGAAAGCUAAAGAGUAUCAUCUUGCAGUGUGGGAAACGCUACCUGGCCUUUAAUAACAAAGCAGAAGGGGCCGAGCAAGAAAAUCAAGUACAGCAGCUGGUAGAACUGAUAGAGAAAAUGGUGGAUGGAAACGGGGGUUCCCACUUUUCUGAAAAGAUAUAUGAGGAUGUAGAUAAUAGGCUGAAACAAUGUCUAAGGAAUCUGGAGGAAACUUAUGAGCAACAACUCAGUGCUGAAAUCCAAAGAAUAGGAAAAGAAAAGAAGGCACAAAUUGAUUCUGCAAAAAGAGAGUAUAAUGAGAAAAUGAGAAACAUUAGGGAAGAGGCUGAAGAGAAUAUAUUAAAGUAUAUUUUCAAUAAGAUAAGAGAAAUAUUUUCAAAACUUUGGAACAAGUUGACACGGUGAAGUAAAUGUCAUUCUUUUUUAUUAGUGACAUUUGUUCCUUGAGAAUUUCAUACCUGUGUGCAUGUAGUAUGUUCUGAUUACAUUCAUGUCUUUCUGUUUGGGUAUGUUUUUGCUUUGUGAUCCACUGAGUUUAACUAGGUUCAUGUGUGUGAGAACAGGUUGAGAAGAAUCUGCCAGAGCAUGGUGGGCACACCAGGAGGAGCACAAUGGAAGACAAUGACUCUUCCUCUCCCAGAAUCCAUCAGUAGUUAACACCUCAGCAGGGUGGAGUAGGUUCCCGUGAGCUCCUCCUCCAUCCAAGGCCCAAGGCUGCUGUGAGCUUGUGACUGCACUGACUGCUUCCUGA